GCCACUUCUGUCCCUUGACAGAGAGAAGACGUGAGUGUCUUACCAUGGCUGGUGAUGGUGGUAGUGUUACAGAUACCUAGCUGAAGCACCGCCGCGGCUGGGGAGGCUGGCCAUGGAUGCGUGGUGUGGUCGCUAUGUACAGGAAAUGAGUUAAUUAAGCAAGAUGGCAACAAUGGGUACACACCGAUAACUUAUCUCAGACCAAACCACCUACGCGCUAUACACCAUUCUCAGCGAUCCUUCAUCCGUCACUUGACGUCUCGGUCCCCACGCCACCAUGACAUCACCUUCGCCGGCUCCACCAGUACCGUCAACAGCAGAGAGGAUGCGAUUGUUGGUGGUGGGCGCGACGGGACAGACUGGGAAGGAGGUGGUGCAACAGGCCCUGAAGGAUGGCCACACCGUCACCGCCGUCGUCAGGAGUCCCGAGAAAGUCACCGAAACGCAUGACAAUCUCAAGGUAGUGAAGGGUGACGUGUUUGAUGAAGCUUCCCUAACGCCCGUCAUGGUGGAGCAGGACGCAGUGGUGUCAUGUCUCGGCUUUAAUCGUAAUCCGCAACCUGUAACAGGGUACACCGAGUCCAUGUCAGCCAUUGUCGAGGCCAUGCGCAAAACGAACAUCACUCGCCUGGUGACCAUGACCGCCUGGUACACAGACACCUCGUCUGCCGUAAACUCAGGGUUUCUGGUCAACUGGUGCCUGAUACCCUUCCUGCGUCCCAUCCUCACCAACAUGCGUCAGAUGGAGGAGUACCUGGAAACAAAGUGCCAGGACAUCAACUACACCGUCGUCAGGCCCCCGGGACUAGGGAACGCGCCUCAGUCAGGUAAGGAGAUGUCAGUGUCGGAUGGGUUCCUCGUGGACACCAACACGUCCUUCAAUAAGACCAACCGCUCUGACGUGGCCUCCUUCAUGCUGUCGUGCCUCAGAUCCACCAUCUACGACCGCAGGAUGCUCGCCAUCACCACGACCCCCAAGAAAGAGUGAGUGUUUCUAUACAGGGUAGUGAUGUCAUGAGUUUUUCAAUACAACAAUGAAAGUAUGUAAAUCAAGCAGGUUUUGUUGUAUUAUUCGUGCAUCCAUUCAUUUUUCUGUUAGUUGUAGUUGAAUGAAGUUUAGUGACAACGUUGGUAAAGAUGCAGAAGGUUCGUCUUUUCCUGUCCUAAAAUAAAGGCAAAAUAAUUCAGUGGAAAGGUGUGUAAAAAGCACAAUAAGAUGCAAUUAACUGUUAUUCUACUGUACGAUUACUUUACUUUUAAUUCCUUUGUUAAAAUAAACUUGGGGACAGGGUUUUUUUUUUUUUAAGUUAAGUUUCCGACAAUGGUGAUGUAAGUGGAUGUAUUAUUGGUAAUGGAGAGUCUAUAAAAGCGUCCAUUGUUCGCGUCAUGUCGAGCACAAUGCCGCGGGGUAAAGCAAAAGUGAACAAAUAUAAUAGGAUUUCCCUGCAGUACUUGAUUGUGAUAAUGACUGCGUGUGUGUAUCGCGUGUGUUGAAAAUAAAGUCAGAAGGAAAUGAAA